AUGCAAGCUACUGACCCACACCUCCGACGAUAUCAAGUGACCACCGUUCUUCUCAGUCUCCUUGUCGUGACGUUGAGUGGGGUGUGCAUCACUUUGGCUGUCACCCCCACUGCCCCUAGCAUCAGCCGCAGCAACACCAUCCAAACGUCUUCAGGGGGGAUGCCCGUGCUUGUCAUCGUGGGGGACUCCAACACGGAGCUGGGAAGUAACCCAGAUUUGAUGGGGUACGAAUCCAUGCUCGCCCACGUGUACGUCCGCAAGGCUGACGUGAUCAACCGCGGCAACAGUGGAUGGACGACUCGAUCGUGGCUCAAGGCGUUGCCAGUCCUGAUGGCCGAAUGGACGGCCAAGGCGCCGUCGCUCGUGUUGGUCUUCCUCGGGACAAACGACGCGUGCUUGAAAGAUGGAGCUUCUGCCGAGAUCCACGUGCCACUGGACGAGUACAGGGCCAAUCUCCAAGCCAUCGUGAGCCAGAUUCAGUCGCCCGAUCGCACUCCAGUGCUGUUUGUGACGCCGCCUUCCUUUGACGACACGACGACGCUCAAGUGGGAUCGCACGAAUGCCGACAUUGGCAAAUACGCCGCGGCCAUGAUGGACGUCGGCGCUCAAUUGAAAAUUCCCGUCGUGGACCUGUACACCCCCCUGCAGACCAACGUAUCGUCGUACUUUUUCGACGGAUUGCACCUGAAUCGAAAGGGCAACAUGAGAGUGUAUGACAUCUUGACGGCCAAAAUCCAAGUGGAAUUUCCUUCGUUCGCCGCCCACAACCUCGCGACACUGUACUAG